AUGGAUCAAAGGAAGAAAUCAAAAGAGGGUUCCCGAAACCCAGCGUCGAUGGAGAAGCCCGAUCUUCCUCCUCGAAUGUUCGCCGCCGGCCAUGAGCCUGUUGGGGUUCGAGUGACCGCAUAUCAUCCCGCUGGAGGGAUUCGACAAACCUGGGUAUUCAGGGAGGUUUGA